CACACACACACACACGCACACAAACAGCAGCAGCAGCAGCAGCGCCCGAUUGAGCACUUUCCCGGACCCGUUUUGACUAUCUACCGGGCGGCUCCCGGAGGAUGUUUGAGCCAGGAUGCUGCGCUUCCCCGUGAAGAAGAUCCGGAAGCAGUUCAAGCUUCUGCUGCUGCUGGUACUGCUCACCUCCGCCGUGUGGUUCACCUACCUGCACAUCAACCAGGGCAAGACCAUCAAACUCCACUUCAACUACGGAAAAGAUGGAGAGAGACAGACGGAGGGGACGGACGCCAGCCGUAAGAGGGACACUCGCUCCUCAGCGGGCCACCACAAGAGUGAGGACACCAGCGACAGCAGGGAGGACGAGGCUGCAGACGAUGAGCCAAUCGCAGGAGGGGCUGAUGGCAGAGACCACACCAGCAUCCGGAAGUUCCUCAGCCAGCGCCACAAGAAAUUGCCAUGGAAACCAGAGUUUAAGGGCCAGGCCAACCUGCAUGUGUUUGAGGACUGGUGUGGCUCCUCUACAGCCCAACUCAGGAAGAACCUGCACUUCCCUCACUACCCUCACACCAGAACCACACUGAGGAAGCUGGCAGUUGCUCCCAAGUGGAAGAACUAUGGCCUGAGAAUAUUUGGCUUCCUUCACCCUUACAGAGAUGGUGAUUUCCAGUUCUCGGUAUCGUCUGAUGAUAACUCUGAGUUCUGGCUGAGUUCUGAUGAGAGUCCUCUCAACGCCAGACUGCUGGUCUAUGUAGGACAGCUCGGUACAGAGUGGACCGCUCCAGGCGAGUUCAGCAAGUUCAGGUCCCAGUCCUCCAAGUCUGUGCACCUGAUCUCGUCCAGACGAUACUACUUUGAGAUCCUGCACAAGCAGGAUGACAAGGGCUCGGAUCACGUGGAGGUUGGGUGGCGUCCGUUCCUCCCCGGUCUGAAAUAUGAAGUGAUAGACUCGGCCUACAUCUCCCUGUACACAGACGAGUCCAAUCUGAAGAUGAACAGUGUGGACCACAUCCCCCAGACCUUGGCCAGUCACAUCCGUCUCCCAGAGGAGGGCCGGGGAAGGAGCAUCCCGCAGCACGGAGCGGAUAUGCUGAAGCCGGACCCCAGGGACACCUUCUACAGCACUCCUAUGAUCGACCCCUCCCGAUUGGAAAAUGUUCUACCAGCAUGUCUCUACUCUCCAACAUAUGUUGUCAAAGAUUUUCCCAUCGCCAGAUACCAGGGACUGCAAUUUGUCUAUCUGUCCUUCGUUUACCCAAAUGACUUCACACGUCUCACCCACAUGGAGCGAGAGAACAAGUGUUUCUACCGAGAGUCCCCUAUCUAUUUGGAAAAGUUUGGUUUCUACAAAUAUAUGAAGAUGGAUGAGGAGGAAGAUGACAGACCGUUCUUCUUCCCUAACCCAGAUGAUUUCUUAGAUGAAGAGGAGGUGGUAGAUGUAGAGGACGAGGUAGAGAUCGUCGGUACACAGUCGCCCAAGAAGCCCUCUCAUCCCAGCCAGACCAGCCACACCUCCGACCCCUCCCAUCCGCACUCUAAGUCUGCGCCAACACCAGCUGGCAGAGAGGGAGGAGAAGAAGAGGCGGACCAUGAUGAAGAGGAGGAGGGAGCUGUCAACAGUAUCGUACACCGAAGAGAAAGGAGACAUUUUCCUCACAGAGAUGGACAGCUGGGAAGGGAUCUGAACAAAGACUGGGAAAGAGAUCACACAAACAGACAGGAGGCCAGGAAGGGACUUGAGGAGCUGCAUACCAGGGUGCUUCAGCCUGACAUGGACAGUGUAGUCCGCGGUCGCUCCCUGACUUGGAUCCGCACUGGUCCUGCAGAGUUGAGCCCUGGCAGGAAAGAAGGAGGAACAGGUGGCGCAGGAGGAGAGAAAGGAGCUGAAACACUGCCUAAACUGAGAAGGUCUUCACUCCUUUUCCCCCAAAAGUCCUCCCUCUCUGCCCUUGCUAGCCGUGCCAAGCAGAUCCUCAGCAACUCUGCCCAUAGCAACAACCUCCAUGAUGAAAAAAGCAAGCUCGCUGGAAACAAGAAGGAGAAGAGGGAGGAGAACAAGAUCUACAUCACCAGGCCUCGACCGGCCAAGGAGCGGGAGAGGGACAGGGAGAGGGAGAGGGAGCAGCGUCGUGAGAGGAGGGAGGAGAGGGCAUCUCGCCACCCGAGAGAGGUGUUCCCGGGGGUCUUUUUGUACCAAACUAGGAAGACUACAAGGCUGGUGAACCUGGGUGCCAAAGGAGGAGGCAUAACAAGAAGUAGAAGUCUUGUUAGUGCCGCCCAGCUCUGGCCCAACCCCCCAACAAAAGAGGGUAAGACAUUUCCCCACAACGGAAGCAUCAGCAUACAGGGGGAAAGUGUACAGACGUCUGACAGCAGGGCAGCAAAACAACCCGAGAAAAGCAAGAGGAAAGGGGAGCAUGGUGAUCUAAAGACUCCUGUCACAGCUGAUGUACCCAGCAAAGGUGACCUGCUAACCCCGCUGUCCCAUCAUCAAGAUCCCCCUCCAGUUACCCAGCAACGGGUAAACUCCACAGAAAACACACUCCAAGGUCAAACGCGGGUCACCUCUUACCUCAGGACCUCCGAGAUCACCGAGUCCCAUCAGCAGCCAGACCCGGACCCCAACCCGCCAGAACUCGGCAGGGAAACAAGUCGCUCUAAUCCUGACAACGACCCCGAGCCAGAACCAGAGGAGGGCGAGAUGUCGGACUACAGCUACGAGGAGGUCGAGGCUCGGCCCGGUUGGGCAGAGGAGAGCAUCAACUGGCAGAGGACCUUCUCAGUCAAUCCGAUGGACUUUGAGCUGCUGCGCUCUGACUGGAAUGACCUGCGCUGCAAUGUGUCUGGCAACCUCCAGCUGGCAGAGAGUGAGGUAGUGGACGUGCUGGCGCAGUACAUGGAGAAGCUCAACGAACGCAAUGGAGGGAUCUACACCCUGCUGCGAAUUGUCAACGUUGAGAAGCGUCGCGACUCGGCGAGAGGGAACCGUUACCUCGUGGAGCUGGAGCUAAUGGAGAGAGGCCGCAGCGUGGUGCGUCUGUCAGAAUACAUCUACCUGCUGCUUCAUCGCAGCAGGCAGGGUGAGGAAAGUCUCGAGAACACUGACUUUGCUCCGGCCUCGGCGCCGGCUUCGGGCCCGUCAGCUGCCACGUCCAGGCUCGACAGCCCACCUCCCCCUCCCUCCACCAGGCCCCCCGUUCGGCCCGGAGCGACCCCCUGGAGCACCGCCUAUGCUAAGCCGCUGCUCUGCCAGCCGGUCAUGCUGCAGUGGAGGAAAGAUGUCAUGGUGCACUUUGUGGUGCCAGUGAAAAACCAGGCUCGCUGGGUACAGCAGUUUAUCUCUGACAUGGAGAAUCUUCAUCUCCAGACAAAGGAUGACAAUUUCAACAUCAUAAUUGUCGACUUUGAGAGUGAAGAUAUGGACGUGGAGCAGGCACUAAGAGAGAGCACAGUACCAAGAUAUGAGUAUCUAAGGAGAGAAGGGAACUUUGAGCGCUCAGCGGGACUGCAGAUCGGAGUGGACACGAUUGAGGAUAGUCACAGCAUUGUGUUCCUGUGUGAUCUGCACAUCCACUUCCCUCUCAACAUCCUGGAAAGCAUCAGGAAGCACUGUGUGGAGGGACGCCUGGCUUUUGCUCCAAUUGUCAUGAGACUCAGCUGCGGCAGUUCGCCACAGGCGCCUGAUGGUUACUGGGAGGUGAACGGCUUUGGCCUGUUUGGAAUUUAUAAGUCUGAUUUUGAUAAGAUUGGAGGGAUGAACACAGAGGAAUUCAAAGACCGCUGGGGUGGAGAGGACUGGGAGCUGCUGGACAGGGUACUGCAGAAUGGUUUGGAGGUAGAGAGACUGCGUUUGAGGAACUUCUUUCACUACUACCACUCCAAACGAGGCAUGUGGAAUACCCAGAACAAGAAAACUCUAAAGGGGUAGCGCCCCCUCCUGGUCUGAGGAUUCUGAAUCUAUCUGCUGAUCCACUUGUGUGUGUGAGAGAGAGACCCGUGGGAGCUCGCUCACUGCCUGAACUCUGCCUUUAUUUGAAACGUUUCCUUUCAGGGAUGCCUCUGCUUCUCCAUCAGCCCCUCUGGUAUACUCAUCUGUACGAGGAAACAGAGUCUGAAUCUGAACUUUACAAGCGAGCCGUUUACGCAGAUACACCCGAGUCAUCACUUUGCCUCACUGACAGAUCUACUGUACAGAGAGAAGAGAGGCAUUUUUGUUCUCCUUCUCUCUGUCCUUUUUUUUGGUGCAAUGUUUUCAGACAGACUGGAAAGCAGCUGUUUUUGUGUGCGUGUGUGUGCGUGUGUGUGUGUGUGUGCAUGUGUGUAUGCGUGUAUGCGUGGGUGGGUGGGUGUAUAUAUAUAUAGGUGUAUGUGAGCGUGUUGCCGCUUGUGUGUGCUUAUGAUGACAGAGAGCACUUUUUUUCUAACAAGGAGAUGUGAAGACAACCUAAGAUCUUUUUUUCUAACAUGCUCUCACGUGAGAGCCCAAUAGAAUGUGUGUCGACAUGUUAUUCCGAUAGAUUCAGACAUGGUGGAGUAGAUCGAGUAGUAGAGGAACUUUGUCUUUGGUAAAAUAGUUUCUAAAUACAUCAACUUCUACCUGUUGGAUAUUAUUAUGACCGAGGUGCUGACAUUCUCCUGAUACCAGAUAUUAUGAAAAACAAAGUAAGAUUGUGAAUCAGAAUAGCCCUUUUCCAAACAGAUAAAGACAGAUUUAUUAUUAUUAAUAAUAAUAAUAAUAAUAAUAAUAAUAAUAAUAAUGUACACUUUUAUUGAGCCCACAGUGGGGAAAUUCUUCGUCCUCUUUAUGUCUCUCUCUGUCCCUCUCUCUCCCUCUCUCUCCCUCUGUAUCUCCUUAUUCUUCAACUCAUUGCUGCCUCUUUCUGUUUCAACAUUAUGCACAUUUGUGUAUGUUUUUUUCUCUGGAAAUUUAAGUUUUAUGUAGUACACCCAUAUUCAUGCUAGCUAUUGGUUAGGACUUAUUUCAUUUUGUUUCAUUAACUUGUUCUGCUGUUAUUUUUUUAUUUGUAUUUGUCCUGACUGAGUAUGGAUGCACAAACAUUUGGGGUGCUAUUUUCUGUUCUAAAACACUGAAUUUAUGAACAGUUUACACAUAUUAAUUAUACUGAUUGUAUCCUCCAUUCCCUCCACACCUCUAACCUCAUUGUCAACUGGAACAUACAACUUUAAUAGGAGGGAAGCAGAGGACAGCAGUAGCAGCUUUGUGACAUAUGAUUUCACACUGUCACACCAUUGUAUGAAGCAUUUUCUUAGCUGAAAGUUGCAUUUUAAAUAUUGUAUUUGAGGGAUUAUACUCUGUCUCGCAUAUUAAAAUACCACAGAGACGGGGGGGGCGCUUAGCUGACAUCGACACUCCUCUUUUAAGCUUGUAUAAAGCUCCAACAGAAGGGAGACCAGUUCAUGUGUUGGACACAAUGUGGCAAGGCAUGGCUGUUUCACAAAUGUGUGCCUUUAUCAGGGUUUGGCUGCAGGCAGUUUUUAAACUACUCUAACGACAGAAGAGGGCAGGGACAGACAGAAAUACACGGUUAUUUAUCAGCAGGCUGUAAUGUCAUUGUAAAUUCAGAUGAACUGUAAAAGAAGGGAACAUGGUUCUCUUCACUGGAUUACAGAGUCAGUGUGUUUGUUGUAUUACCUUAGAAGCAGGAAGGAGUGGUCUUUGCAAGCCAGUUGCCCUGUUGGUGAGAUACACAGAGAUGGUACUAAUGACUACUGAGUACAAUCAGGAGUUGUGAUGGAGACUCACUAGCAGCUGGAGUCCAGCAGGACCCCACCUGCUCCCAUUCGUUUUGGCUGGAGGCCGGGCUCCUAAUGCCUCUGUUUAUGCAACAUGGUACUUUUAUUGAUGGAGAGUGGCUUUAGGGCUCAAGGCUGGACACACAUGUGGAAGACAGUUAAUGAUCUGUUGUUGACUAUAUGAUUGUCAAAAUGCCCUCCAAGACCCUUUCUUUGCCUCUGCAGGAAGAGGGUCUACUGUACGUCAUUUAACACUGACAUGGGACUAUUUAACAAAG